UCAUUGCGCUUUGACGGUUGGCAUCUAGACAGUGCCACAAGACUGACGGCUUCAUCCGAUUGGUGUGUGUGUCUAUUUAUUUUCCACUCUUUCCCCUCGACCUCUCCACUAGCCUUCCCCUUCUCUGCAGUUGGGGAAGCAUACGCGGAAGCCAGGGACCAUGGGGCAGAAGCAUCUUGUGUUGCUCACUUGUUUUUGGAUCCUGUCAUGUGCCUUGCUGCUUCAUGCUUCCUCCGAUGGACUGCUAAGAAUCAACCUCAACAAGAAGAGACUGGACAGGGAAGCUUUGGCUGCUGCAAAAUUGGCUAGGAAGGAGAGUCACCUUCGAAGGUUCGGUGGUUCUCGCCAGUCUCUCAGUGCCUCAAGUGAUGAUAUAGUUCCUUUGCACAACUACCUGGACACUCAGUACUUUGGAGAGAUUGGCAUUGGCACGCCACCACAGAACUUCACAGUGAUUUUUGACACUGGAAGCUCCAACUUGUGGGUUCCCUCCUCAAAGUGCUAUUUUUCGAUAGCAUGCUACUUUCACCACAGAUACAAGUCAGCCAAGUCGAAGACUUACAAAAAGAACGGGGAAACUUGCACAAUAACAUAUGGUUCUGGGCAAAUUGCUGGCUUCUUCAGCAAAGACAAUGUGUUGGUCGGCAGCCUCGUUGUCAAAAAUCAGAAGUUCAUUGAGACAACCCGUGAAACCAGCCCUACCUUUAUCAUUGGAAAGUUUGACGGAAUUCUUGGCCUUGGAUUUCCUGAAAUUUCUGUGGGAGGAGCACCUCCAAUUUGGCAGAGCAUGAAAGAGCAAAAGCUGGUCGCAAGGGAUGUUUUCUCGUUCUGGCUUAACCGUGAUCCUGAUGCAUCUGAGGGAGGUGAACUUGUCUUUGGCGGUGUUGACCCAAAGCACUCCAAGGGAACCCACACAUAUGUCCCUGUUACCCGCAAAGGCUACUGGCAGUUUGACAUGGGGGAUCUUCUGAUCGGUGGCCACUCAACAGGUUACUGUGCUGGUGGUUGUGCUGCUAUUGUGGACUCAGGGACUUCACUUCUUGCUGGCCCAACUACCAUAGUGGCUCAAGUCAAUCAUGCAAUUGGGGCUGAGGGAAUCAUCAGUGCAGAAUGCAAAGAAGUGGUGCGAGAGUAUGGAGAGAUGAUCCUUGAGUUGCUCAUUGCGCAGACUAGUCCACAAAAGGUGUGCACUCAGAUCGGACUCUGUGUAUUCGAUGGUACCCAUCCUGUCAGCAACCCAAUUGAAUCAGUUGUUGAGAAACAAAAGAUUGGUUCUGAUCUUUUCUGUACUGCUUGUGAGAUGGCUGUUGUCUGGAUACAGAAUCAACUCCGAGAAAACAAGACGAAAGAGCUCAUUUUGAACUAUGCUAAUCAGCUCUGUGAGCGCCUACCUAGCCCCAAUGGUGAAUCAACUGUCGACUGCCAUCAGAUCUCAAAGAUGCCAAAUCUUGCAUUCACCAUAGCAAAGAAGACCUUCACCUUAACACCAGAGCAGUACAUUGUGAAGCUGGAGCAAUCAGGUCAGACUAUCUGUAUCAGUGGGUUCAUGGCAUUCGACAUACCGCCUCCUCGUGGCCCGCUCUGGAUCCUUGGGGACGUUUUCAUGGGCGCGUACCACACCGUUUUCGACUUCGGCGAGAACAGGAUCGGGUUCGCCAAGUCUGCCUGAGGAGCGGAGUCCUUCGCCGUAGUGACGUCUCCAGUUUAUUAUCGCAGUAUUGUACAUAUAUGGCAGACUGGAAUAAGCUGCGAAGUUUAGUAGUGUAUGCACGCCGAAACCUGUAGGGCUAUCCGACUAUGACAGGGUAUGUGUUUGCAAAUGGAGCUAAGCUAUUUAUGAAGCUCCGGGACAUGGAAUUCCAUGCAUGUGAUCAGCAUGGGAGCACGAUGAGGAUUAGGACUUUUCACCUGAUCUCAUCAUGUUUAUUGGCCUCGACUAGUAAGUGGGCUGUAUCAACAGUAGCCAUUUCGGACUUGUUUAAGAAUGCAGCUUUGCACGAUCGUUAUGGCAAUGCAAUAAUCUAGAGCUUUACUAGGA